CUUGCAAGAUAAUGAAAUGUCAUCGUUGUAUAAUGUGGAUAGUACCUAUGAAGGUGUGAUAGAGAUCACUAGCGGCCAGAUUUUCCUGCAUCUUUUUGUUUAGGCAGUUCAAUGCUGGCACAUGCUCCUCAACUUGAAGGAAUAAGUGGAAAGUGGUGAGUUGAAUCAGAUAAAAAUGGACUUCACUGAUGGUUUUGUAUCAGAUGAACACCGGGAGCUUGUUCGAUCUGCUUCAGAGAGUGCAGAUCCGUUGUCUGCUUCUCCAAUGCAAAUCCCCAUUUCUUCAAAUUCUCCAAAGUCUCGAAAGUCUCCUAAGUCCCCUAAGGUCCAUGGCAAAGGAAGUCCAGUCAGUUAUGAUAGGCAUUCACAUUCUCAGAGAGAUGGUCGUCCUAAGAAAGGUGGCUCUGGUGGUAAAGGCACUUGGGGAGGGUUACUUGAGACUGAUUACAAUUAUUCCCUUGACUCAAAUGACCCAAACUAUGAUAGUAGUGAGGAAUAUGGACAUCCUAAUGGAAGAAAAUCAGCAUGUGAUUUUGAUGCGUACAAAAAGAAGACGACAAUAAUAGUGGAGGAAUACUUUGCCACUGAUGAUGUUGUCUCAACUACCAAUGAAUUAAGAGAACUUGCAAUGCCAAGCUUCAACUAUUACUUUGUAAAAAAGCUUGUAUCUAUGGCUAUGGAUAGGCAUGACCAAGAAAAAGAAAUGGCUGCUGUUCUAUUAUCCGCGCUCUAUGCUGAUGUCAUUGAUGCUCCACAAGUUUACAAAGGCUUUAGUAAACUGGUGGAAUCUGCAGAUGACUUGAUUGUAGAUAUACCGGAUACAGUCGAUGUUCUUGCAUUGUUUAUAGCUCGAGCUGUUGUUGAUGAUGUACUCCCUCCUGCUUUCCUUAAAAAACAAAUAGCUUUCUUACCUAACGAUUCAAAGGGGUUGGAAGUCCUGAAAAGAGCUGAGAAAGGGUAUCUAGCAGCUCCUAUGCAUGCAGAAAGUAUUGAGCGCCGAUGGGGAGGCAGCAAGACUAAAACAGUUGAGGAUGUGAAAGCCAGGAUAAACAACUUGUUGAUAGAGUAUGUAGUGAGUGGUGACAAGAAAGAGGCUUUUAGAUGCAUCAAAGAUUUGAAAGUUUCUUUCUUCCACCAUGAAAUAGUUAAACGAGCUCUUAUUAUGGCAAUGGAAAGGCACCAAGUUGAAGAUAGAAUACUUGAUCUGCUCAAGGAAGCAACUGAAGAAGGCCUGAUCAACUCAAGUCAAAUCACAAAAGGAUUUGAUAGGAUGAUUGACACAGUUGACGACUUGUCCCUUGACAUACCAAAUGCACAGAGAAUCCUGAAGUCUUUAAUAUCUAAUGCGGCAUCUGAAGGUUGGCUGUGUGCUUCAUCUUUGAAGUCAUUAUCAUUGGAGCCCAAAAAGAAAUUAUUGGAAGACAGUUUUACUAGAACUUUCAAGACGAAGUCUCAAUCAAUUAUUCAAGAGUAUUUCUUGUCUGGUGAUAUCUCAGAGGUAUGCAGUUGUCUUGAAGUAGAGAACAAAACUUCCUCAGGUGAACUAAAUGCUAUCUUUAUUAAAAGGUUGAUAACUUUGGCAAUGGAUCGAAAGAAUAGGGAGAAAGAAAUGGCAUCUGUUUUGCUUUCAUCCUUAUGUUUUCCUGUAGAUGAUGUUGUAAAUGGGUUUGCCAUGUUGAUGGAAUCUGCAGAUGACACUGCUCUAGAUAAUCCAGUUGUUGUUGAGGAUCUUGCUAUGUUUUUGGCUAGAGCUGUGGUGGAUGAAGUUUUAGCUCCACAACACCUGGAAGAGGUUGGGAGCCAAUUUUUGGGGACGGAUUCUACUGGGAGCAGAGUACUUCAAAUGGCAAAGUCAUUGCUAAAGGCUCGACUUUCUGGGGAGCGCAUCUUAAGGUGUUGGGGUGGUGGUGGUGGUAGCAGUAGGCCUGGAUGGGCUAUUGAGGAUGUCAAAGACAAAAUAGGAAAGCUUUUAGAGGAAUAUGAAUCCGGAGGAGAUGUUAGGGAAGCUUGUCGCUGCAUAAAGGAACUAGGCAUGCCAUUUUUCCACCAUGAGGUUGUAAAGAAAGCACUGGUGACAGUUAUGGAGAAAAAGAAUGAAAGACUAUGGGGUUUGCUAAGGCAUUGUUUUGGCUCAGGGCUCAUAACCAUGAAUCAGAUGACCAAGGGUUUUGCAAGGGUGGCAGAAUCUCUUGACGACUUGGCUCUUGACGUGCCUGAUGCCCAAAAACAAUUUCCGAAUUAUGUCGAAAGAGCAAAGACUAAAGGGUGGUUGGAUUCAUCAAUUUAUUGUAGCAAUUCUAUACAUGGGAAACAGAAUGGAACCUGCCUCUGAUAAGGCUUCUAUUCUUGGUACUUCCGUUUCUGCUCAAACUCUAAGAUCCAACAUAAUCAAUACAAACUAAAUGAAUGUUAAGAGGUUGGUACUUCGGCUUCUGUUCUCCAGAUCCUGUUUUCAUUGCAUCGCAUUGAAAAACUCAC